AUGGUCAACAGUGAACCUCCAACUCGUCUUGAGGGAAAAAAUGCUGCACUAGUUGUAUGUUGGCUUCUUGGGAAUGGUUGUCUUUUUGCGUGGAACAGUAUGUUGACGAUAGAAGAUUACUAUGUUUACUUGUUUCCGAAAUACCACCCCUCUAGGGUGCUUACUCUUGUAUAUCAGCCAUUUUCGUUUGGAACACUAGCUAUACUGGCUUACAAAGAGGAAAAAAUCAAUACAAGGAUACGGAAUCUAUUUGGAUAUUCUCUUUUUUUCAUAAGCACUUUGUUGGUGUUAGUUUUGGAUUUAGCAACAUCUGGUAAAGGAGGCCUUGGAACUUUCAUUGGUAUAUGCGCAAUUAGUGGUGCAUUUGGAAUAGCAGAUGCUAAUGCUCAAGGUGGAAUGGUGGGAGACCUGUCCUACAUGCUUCCGGAAUUCAUGCAGUCUUUCCUUGCUGGUUUAGCAGCAUCGGGUGCAUUAACAUCUGCUUUAAGGUUAAUUACAAAAGCAGCAUUUGAGAAUUCUGAGGAUGGUCUUCGCAAAGGAGCCAUUCUGUUCUUUGCUAUAUCAACAUUCUUUGAGCUUCUUUGCGUUCUUCUCUAUGCCUAUGUCUUUCCAAAAUUACCAAUAGUGAAGUACUACCGUUCAAAAGCAGCAUCUGAAGGAUCCAAAACUGUUUCAGCUGACCUUGCCGCUGCUGGCAUUAAGAUCCCACCUGAAGAAGUCGAGGAAGAUGCAAAACAAAUAGAGCGCAAAGGAAACAUGCAAUUGGUGUUGGAAAACAUUGAUUAUGCACUUGAUUUGUUCCUAAUAUAUGUGCUAACACUGUCUAUUUUCCCUGGAUUCUUAUCAGAAGAUACUGGAUCACACAGUUUGGGCACCUGGUACGCUAUUGUAUUAAUUGCUGCAUAUAAUGUAUGUGAUCUGAUCGGAAGAUACAUUCCACUCUUGAAAACCCUAAAGUUGGAGUCCCGAAAGUUGCUCACAACAGCAACUAUUUGUCGUUUUUUACUUAUACCAGCAUUUUAUUUCACCGCAAAGUAUGGUAGGCAGGGUUGGAUGAUAAUGUUAACAUCUUUCUUGGGAUUAUCCAAUGGCUACCUCACUGUCUGUGUUCUCACUUCUGCACCAAAAGGUUACAAGGGACCGGAACAAAAUGCCUUGGGAAACCUGUUGGUGUUGUUUCUUAUUGGAGGUAUUUUUGCAGGGGUAACACUUGAUUGGUUGUGGUUAAUAGGUAAAGGGUGGUGA